AUGAGCUUCGUGCUCGACCAAGUGCGUCGGAUCGAUGCCCAGCUAGAUCGUGUACAACUUGCGACUUUGCCCCCUUCAUCACCGGGUGCUUCGCGAACGAGUGCCUCCAACUUCGAUAGUAGCAAGGCGAAACCAUCUACGCGGUUGCUAGCCCUUCAGGCCUCGAUCCGUGGUCUUACUCCUUACGGCUCAGAUACGAGAGCCCUCCUCAGACCGGCUCAGAUCGCCCUAUACAUUUCCACACUCUCGCCGCGACCGGAAGCACCGCUUGCGAUAGCAGAAGAGGACAGGGACGAGAAGGAGCCGUAUGAGACGGAGUUGGAAUGGUUGCUAGUGUCCAAGGCUACGGCACAGACAUAUGGCUUUGCGCUACAGAGUAUCCUCGACAAUACGGUUGCUAUCGCCGAUGAUCUUUGGUACUGGGACGAGAUCCUCUCAUCACGACGCUACAGCGCUCUCUACGGCAUCCAGAUCUCGCCUUUCCAGUUCUGGCAUUGGAGCCUUACUGUUUGGGAGGACGUGAAAGCCCGAGGGGGAGACUUCAGCAUCACGGGUGCGCGGAAGGAUGCAGCUGAUAGUCUGGGCAAGAGAUGGUCGGAAUUCUAUGGGCUUGUGAGGCAAGUUGUAAGUGAGAGGAGUGUGCAGGAGAUCAACAAGCAAGUUCUGAGUCCGGUCACGAGACUACGAGGCGAGAUCAGGAGGAAGCAGGCUGCGCUGAAGAAAGUCAGAUCACGGAAUGCGAAUGCUCUUGGGGUGUUGUUGGGUGAGGGUCUUGCGAAUGAAAGCGCACACGGCGACGCGCUCGGAACGGACGAUCUCGAGCAGGCACAGCAGAGGUGGAUGGCUUCGGUCGCGAGGAACGUGGCGUUGAUGGAGGCUGUCCUUGCCAAGUGCAACGAUGCUGAGACGCCGAUCGAAAAGUUCGAUGCGGCUGUCGCGGAGCUCACGGAUGACGAUCCACUGUACGGUGCUGAUAUGUCUGCUGAUGAGGAAGGCGGCGGGAUGACGGGAGUCAGGCCGCAGGAUGUUGCUGAGCGAUUGACGAGGGUGAUUUCCAUGGCGUUGCCGCAGUAUGAUGCUGAGCUCAAGAAAGUGGUGCGGGAGCAUGGGAAGCCGUCGCGGGUAGUGAGGUGGUGGCUUCCUUUGACUAUCGGCUUGCUUUCGUCCAGUACUGUCCUAAGGAUCCUGGUCAAUCGGAAGGCAGAGAUUGUGCAGUGGGUGCAGGAAUUCGGAGUGACUGUGCUGGACUUUUGGCGGAAUUGGGUUGUCGAGCCCACGAGGAAAGUGGUCAGCACGAUCAGGCACGAUGAGGGGAGCGAGGUCAGUAUCAUGUCGAAGCGGUCGCUGGAGGGUGAUAGAGACAGCCUCGAGCGUAUGGUCGUCGACUUUGCCAUUGACAACCCUGCUCACGCCACUGGAUCAAAAGCGAAACUCACGGAGACUGAGAUAGCGGGCAUCAGGACGAAGGUCCGCGAAGGCGACCUCACCCCCGUCCUCAAAGCUUACGAACAAGACCUCGCCUCUCCACUCAUGGGCACAGUCCGCGGCAAUCUCAUCCGCGCCCUCCUGAUACAAAUCCAGAAGACGAAAGUCGACGUGGAAGUGGCCAUCGGCGGCAUCGACUCCCUGCUCAAAUCCCAAGAACUGGUCUUCGGCUUUGUCGGUCUGACGCCGGGGAUCUUGGUCACGUAUUUCGCGACCCACUACCUCCGGACCUCACUCUCGCAGAAACGCGGUUCGAAAGCCGCGAGGAAGCAGGGUAUCAUGAUGAGGCAGCUUCGAAAUAUCGACCGUGUCUUGAGCAGAGGGGUGCCGACGGAGUAUGGUGAGCUGCCGUAUAAAGACCAGGGUUUGCUUCUGUGUGAGAUGCAUGUUCUGAGGAAUGCGGCGCAUAGGAUCAUGCCGGCAGAGGUGUUCAAGGAGUUUGGUGAGGAUGUGGAGGAGUUGGGGGAUGUUAGGGUGGGUGUGGAGAGGCAGAAGGCGGCGGCGCAGAGGUUGAGGUGGGCUUAUGCGCGACAUUUGUCGUAA